GUUGUCGUGUACUCCGUACCACACUUAUUAUCCCCUCAUCUAUCUUUGCAAUGGCUGAUUACCCUCGUGUUAUCUUUCCUGAAGGGACAACCCGAUCCCUGGUGGACCUGGGGUCUGCAGCUGGGAUCUUUCGCUGUUCUGACAACGAGCAGGAUGUCCUGAAGUCCGUUCUUCAUUGCAGUUUCGAGGGUUGCAGCGAGGGAAAAAAUCAAACAGAAACAGUAUCUAGAGAAAGAUGCGACUGAACUACUUGAACGGGAAAAGGCCAUCUACCACCUACUUUCUCGGAAUGAGAAUAUUCUUGAAUGCCUGGAGAUUACAGAUAGGGGCAUUCGACUGCCUUUCAUGCGGUAUGGGAACCUUCGCAAAUACAUUCAAAAACAGGCCAAUUCCCUGGAUGAUGGCAUCAAGGGUAGAUGGGUUCAGAAUGCUAUCAUGGCAGUUGCCCAUCUACACCAUCAUGGAAUUAUACAUGCAGAUAUCAGCCCUCGCAACUUCCUAGUGGCUGAUGAUCUCACAAUCAAGCUCUGUGAUUUCGGCGGAUCUGGUAUUGGAGAGCUGCAAUCUCUUGUGGCAGAAGAAUGUUAUCAAUCCCCUGGGCCGCGGCGCACUGUUGAAACAGACCUCUUCGCGCUCGGCUGUCUUGUCUAUGAGUUUGCAGCUGGUUCACCUCCAUAUGCGGAUAUUGAAUGGGAAGAAAUCGGGCGCCGGUACAAACGCCGGGAGUUUCCAAGCCUCGACCAUGCCCUGUACCGAGACAUCAUCCGCAAGUGCUGGACCUUCCAGUAUACCAAGGCAGAUCAGACUCUUCGAGAUCUUGAACAGCAAGAGAAACCCCGGACGGACAGUUAACUAGCGGUGAUGGUGUGCAGAGGUUAGUUAUACCUUGUGACCUAUCAUAAACGCUGUGUUACCCGAGCAGUCACCCCAGCCUCGAGAGUGUCGGUUUAAGAUUCGAGACGUAACGUACUGAUGGAGCAGACUGAUCACAUCGACUAGA